CGGGGGAGGGAAACAGUGCCCACCUGUCCUCAUUCCACCCAGCAGCCCCACUGGAGGCCAUGGCAAUCCAGCAGGUGGGCAGCAGGGGGCAGGUAGCUGCUGAGCUGUUUGAACGGAGAAGGGGCAGCCACUGUGAGGACAAGAGGCAGACGCUGUUGGUGCUGCUGGUCUUGGUGGUGUACUUGGGCAUGGGGAUAUCAGGAAGAAGCUGGGAGGUGUCAGAAAGGAUCAGAGAAUGUAACUACCCCCAGAAUCCUGUGGCUUCCCAGGUAACACACCCAACCAGUGUACCUGCGGAAGAGCCAGCAAAGGGCAUCAGGACCUGGUUGAAGGAGAACUUGCACGUUUUCUUGGAGAAGCUAGAAGAAGAGGUGCGAGAGCUGGAACAGAUAGUGCAGGACCUGGAAUGGUGGCUAGAUGCUCUUCUGGGAGAGCCAUACCCACAGGAGCCCUGCUCCACCCACAAAACUUACCUGUGAGGGGCAGGGCUGGGGCCUGGAGGGGAGGCCGUGUGGGAGGAGCAUGGGCUUGCAGGGACUCCUCUACGCAGGGCUGAGCUCUGACACUUAAAAGAAAAUAAAGUAGCUGGCAACGAAGUCAGCAUUUCAC